AUGGAAAACAACAAACAAGAGCCUCGAACACAGAAAAAAAGACCGUAUAAGCUGAUUUUUGGAGUUGAGACCCGUAUCGUGAUCAUUCUGUCGAGUCUUUUAUUCAAGGUCCUUGGGAAUAUCCUUGGCCUAGCACCAUAUGCCCCCAACCGGUUGCAUAUGCAGAACUACCUCGGCCUUGGCCUCGAUGGCCAGCAACCGAUUGAAUACUACGAAAAGGAGGUCGAAGAGUGA